GAAAAAAAGAAGUGAAACAUUUCUAUGGCUAUCAUUGAAAACAAUGACAAUAAUGUCUUUUAUGCGGACGAAGAGUUCCGAAAGACGGCUCACAUCUCAUCACUCGAUGAGUACAGAAAACUAUACCAGAAGUCAGUCUCAGAUCCCAAAGGCUUUUGGAGUGAAAUCGCAAAUAACUUCUAUUGGAAGCGAUGGACACAAGAAGUAGAGGUCGUGUCCUAUAAUUUCGAUGUCACUAAAGGACCCGUUUGUGUGAAAUGGUUGGACGGAUGCAAAACCAAUGUCUGUUAUAAUGUAUUGGAUUUGGUUAUCGAAAGAGGACUCGGAAAUCGUGUUGCAUAUUAUUGAUUUGCAAAUGUGCUCAAAGAGUUGGGCAUUAAAAGAGGUGAUAGAGUGGCCAUAUAUAUGUCGGUAACCGUAGAGUUGGUUACUGUUAUGCUGGCCUGCGCUCGUAUUGGAGCCAUUCACUCAGUCAUUUUCGCCGGUUUCUCUGCCGAAUCCCUCGCCGACCGUAUAAUAGAUGCCAAUUGUGUAGUAUUAGUCACUUCUGACGGCGCCUUUCGGGCUAAAAAAUUUCUACCAUUGAAAUCAAUCGCCGACUCAGCACUCAAUAUAUGCAAACAAAUGAACCACAAAAUGAUGGCUUGUAUUGUGAAUCCACAUUUAAAUCUCAAUGGGAAUGAUAUAAAUGAUGUGCUAAACAAUAAUAUUGAGAAUAAAUGUGGCAUCAAUUGGGACUCAAAUGUGGACAUCUUAUGGACUGAUGUCAUGACAAAUGUUUGCGAUUAUUGCGAACCCGAAUGGAUGGGAGCGGAAGACCCGCUGUUCAUACUUUAUACCAGUGGAAGUACGGGAAAACCUAAAGGCAUUGUCCACACAAUCGGCGGUUAUCUCCUCUACUCUUACAUAACAUUCAAAUAUGUAUUCAAUUACACCGACGGAGACGUGUUUUUCUCGACCGCAGACUUGGGAUGGAUUACUGGCCACACAUUCAACGUUUACGGAUCGCUGGCCAACGGAUGUUCAAUAGUGCUCUUUGAAGGCACUCCUACUCACCCAAACCCGGGCCAUAUCUGGCAUAUAAUAGACAAAUGGAGAGUCAAUGCCUUUAAUACUGCGCCCACUCUUAUCCGGUCGCUCAUGAAGUUUGGCGACCAUUACGUCAAACAAUACUCUCGACAGACAUUGAAAGUGUUGGGAACGGCGGGCGAACCCAUCAAUCCUGAGGCGUGGCUUUGGUUCUGGGAAGUGGUCGGCGAUCGUCGGUGUCCUGUAGUCGACAAUUACUGGCAAACAGAGACCGGCGGACCAAUGCUCACGUGCUUACCGGCUGCCACACCAAUGAAGCCCGGAUCAGCUACACUGCCCUUCUUUGGUGUCAUUCCGGCGAUACUUAACUCAGAAGGCAGAGAACUGGAGGGCCCGGCAGUGGGACAGCUGGUUAUGAAGAAUCCGUGGCCGGGAAUCGCGCGAACCAUUGACGGCAAACACCAAUUGUAUGAAAUGACUUACUUUCAAAAGUUUAGGGGCUAUUACUGUACCGGCGAUGGCGUCCAACGCGACGCCGACGGCUACUAUUGGAUGACCGGUCGGAAUGACGACACUCUCAAUGUUUCCGGACAUCUGUUGUCUACAGUAGAGGUCGAGACGGCUGUUGUCGAGCACAGAGCCGUCUCAGAGGCGGCAGCCGUUUCGGCCCCGCAUCCCAUCAAAGGCCAGUGCAUUCACGUGUUUGUUGUCCUCAAUAAUGGCUUUGAAAUGACCGCUGAUUUAGAGUUGGAUAUCAAACGCAGAGUUCGUAACAAAAUCGGAGCUCUGGCCGAUCCGGAUGUGAUUCAUGCGGUCAGUUCUUUCCCGAAGAUUAAAUCGGGUAAAAUUAUGCGAAGAAUAUUGACUAAAGUGGCACAAAAUGACCGUCAAUUGGGCGACACGUCCACAAUGGCCGACGAGUUAAUAGUCGAACAACUGUUCAACACUCGUGGUAUUAAAUCAUAUUAA